UGUCCCUGUCCUUCCUUCGUCUGCGAUCCUGUAAGCUAUCGGAAAGAAAUAAAAAAAUAAAAGAAAAAUUAAGGAAAGCCCAACCCUAAAUCGGCGAGAAGCGAUCCUUUUAAUCUCCUCAAAUUCGUCUGAUUCCGGUCGGGAGGCUUUCGAUUCCUCGGAUUCCUGGCCCUAGGGGAUGCAGAUUCUCUCCUCCUUCGAGAUCUGAAGGCUUGCCAACCCUGGAAAAGGCAUAAAUUUUGAAGUAAGUCAAAUAUGUCUCGGUACCAAGGUGAUGAUGUUGAUGAGAUGGCAGAGGAUUAUGAAAUGGGGGAUGCAGAGGAUGACAUGGAUGAAGAUUUUCAAGGAAGAGUGAUGGGUGAUUCAGAUUCUGAUGAUGAAGAAUAUGGCCAAUCUCAUAGUAAGGUAUUUGACACUUCAUCAGCACAAGCAAGGAAAGGAAGGGAUAUCCAAGGAAUACCGUGGAGUAGCUUAAGCAUCACAAGGGAGAAGUACAGACAAACCAGAUUAGAACAAUACAAGAAUUAUGAGAACAUUCCAAAUUCUGGCGAAUCAUCAGAAAAGUUUUGCAAACCAACUGAGAAAGGGGGCAUGUAUUAUGAGUUUCGACUUAAUACAAGAUCAGUGAAAUCAACUAUCCUCCAUUUUCAGCUGAGAAAUCUGGUCUGGGCUACAUCAAAGCAUGAUGUCUAUCUAAUGUCACACUAUUCUGUGCUCCAUUGGUCAGCGUUAACUUGUGAGAAGUAUGAGGUUAUGAAUGUCUCAGGACAUGUGGCACCAAAUGAGAAACACCCUGGAAGUGUAUUAGAAGGAUUUUCUCAGACUCAAGUUAGCACAUUGGCAGUAAAAGAUAAGUUACUUGUAGCGGGUGGAUUUCAAGGGGAACUUAUUUGUAAAUAUUUAGAUCGAGAAGGAAUAAGCUAUUGUUCCCGGACAACUUAUGAUGACAAUGCAAUCACUAAUGCUGUGGAGAUUUACGACAGUCCCAGUGGCGCUGUUCACUUCAUGGCUUCAAAUAAUGACUGUGGAGUUCGUGACUUUGACAUGGAGAAGUUUCAGCUUUGCAAGCAUUUCCGUUUCCAAUGGCCGGUCAAUCAUACAUCACUUAGUCCUGAUGGGAAGCUUCUUGUUAUUGUGGGUGACAACCCUGACGGACUACUGGUUGAUGCUCAUACCGGAAAGACUAUCCAUGAAUUGCGUGGUCACCUGGACUACUCGUUUGCAUCGGCAUGGAAUCCUGAUGGUCACACAUUUGCCACUGGUAACCAGGAUAAGACCUGUCGGAUUUGGGAUGCAAGGAACCUCUCAAAAUCUGUGGAUGUACUGAGAGGGAACCUUGGAGCCAUAAGAUCAAUCCGCUUCACAUCUGAUGGUCAGUUCAUGGCGAUGGCAGAGCCUGCAGACUUUGUUCACAUCUUUGAUGUUAGAAGUGGGUACAACAAGCGACAGGAGCUGGACUUCUUUGGUGAAAUCUCAGGCAUGUCGUUCAGUCCUGACACCGAGGCUCUUUUUGUUGGUGUGUGGGAUCGCACCUAUGGCAGUCUCCUUCAGUACAGCCGCCUCCGGAACUACUCGUACCUUGACUCACUACUUUGAAUUAAAACUCGUUUCCAUGUUGUAGCUCUUGAGACUCUUUGUUCUGGCGCCCAGGACAGAGUGUUGUACAUGGACAUGGCCAGGGGGACUGAGAGUAAGGGUAAAGGGGAAGUUGGAAAUCUUUCUCAUGUUCAAUCGUGAAUAAAAAAAAACAGACUCCUUUGAAGUGUACAAAGAGAAAAUGUACAUAUGUCUAGAGACUGCAGUUGUGAGGUGAAGAAAAUUUCGAGUUAGCUCUAUGUGCUAGACUUUCAGCUGUCCUUCAGAAGAUUUUCUGAGUGAUUCUGUUGUAAUCUUCAUUCAAUGUUUUUUUAUUUUUUCUGUUCUCUACAAACUUUAGUGAAAUUUCACACCGCUUGUUUCGACUCAUGCAUUGCAGUACAAGAUGAUAUUUCUGGUAA